AUGUCAGAUAACGAGAUCUCAAUGGAAACUGGCGAAGAUCGUAAGUGAAAUGCCUUCCUUCUUAUAUGAAUUUAGUCGACGAACUUAGACAACAGGCCACCAGAAGACGUGGCCGGGGAUUCAACGACAAACAGCAGAGUUCCGAAACGGGUGGCGCCUAUGAUACUCUGAAGGGAGAUGGUGCCGGUCCACAGCGGUCAAUUGAUGUAAGGAUUAAACACUUUACUAUUGUUGUUAAUUUUUGAUCUCUCAGUUUAUGCUUUUGUUUUCAGGGCUGGACUAUCUUCAUUACCGGAAUCAAUGAAGAGGUGAUCGAAGACGACAUGAUGGAGAGACUACAGGAAUACGGCAAGGUCCUCAACAUGCAUUUGAAUCUGGAUCGGCGUACAGGAUACCUAAAAGGAUAUUGUGUUGCACAAUACGAAACCAAAGAAGAAGCCCAGGCAGCUAUCGAAGGGUUGGAUGGAUCUGAAUUUGUGGAGAAGACUUUGACCGCCGAUUGGGCAUUUUUGAAUUCAUCUAAACGUCGUGCAUAA